CCGUACUGAGUUAUUUAUGGUGAGAGAGUCACAAUACAACUUGUAGUGCGUGAAAGCAGAGCGCCCACAGGACCUACAAACAAACUAUGUGACUUUUUUUUUGGGUAAAAAACAAAUAUCAAUCAACAGGCAUGAAAUGAACGAACUUGAUGCAUGGGAUAUUGGAUAUGUACGACAUGACGCCUAUGAGCUUCUCUAUUUACGAGUUUACUAGUUUCCUUCAAAGAAAACGACAAACGCUGCCAAAGCAAAUCCAAAAUAUCUAUCUCGGUAUUCUAGGCUGACAGUUCCUAAGCUUGGAAUUCUCUGCUGCUUCAUCAACUUGACCCACCUUCGUUUCUGAAACUUGGGUACGAAGUAAAUAAAUAAUGUACAAUGAACCAUAACCUCUUCGCAUGACCUACUUGCCAACCAACCUUUUCCCUGUAUAAAAUAAAAACAUUACACAAUAAAACCUGGGACUCUGGGUUUCGUCCAUUCAUACACACACACACACACACAUAUAUAACACAAAAGUAGUAGGGUCUGUUUUGUAUUAGCUGCUACAGAGGUAGCCAUGACAAACACCAUUUUUGAUGUUGAGCACGAGAGUUUCCACAAUUUCUUUGAGUGCUGGCUUGCUGAACAAAACCAACAUCUCCAAGACCUCAUCAUUGCCUCCAAAAACAACCUCUAUAAUGGCAACCCCACCACUACUGCUGCAGCUAAUACUAAUACAAGUUUAAGAACACUGGUUGAGCGUGUGGUGAAGCAUUAUGAGCAAUACUAUGAGGCCAAGUCCAGAUGGGUCAAGCAAGACGUUCUCAGGAUGCUUUCGCCCUCCUGGACAACCUCCCUAGAGGAUGCCUUCCUUUGGAUUGGUGGGUGGCGACCAAGCAUGACUUUUCAUCUCUUUUACUCCAAGUCUGGCUUGCAACUCGAGGCUCGACUCACAGAGUUGAUUGAAGGUCUUGGUACAGGUGACUUGGCGGAUAUCUCACAGCAUCAGCUCAUGCAGGUGGACCAUUUGCAGAGGAGGACUGUUAAGGAGGAGAGGGACAUCACAGAGAAAAUGGCCAAACAGCAGGAGUCAGUGGCAGACACGUCAACGGUCGAGUUGUCACACGUGAUUACCGAGUUGAUGAGCGCUAAUGGUGGUCAUGAGCAUGAAGUUGAAGCGGACCGAGUUGAGUCUGUCCUGGCAUCCAAGGAGCGAGGUUUGGAGGAGAUUUUGCAGAGGGCUGACAGUCUACGGCUAAAAACGCUUAAAGCCAUCACACAUAUUCUGACUCCAAUCCAGGCCGUCCAUUUCUUCAUUGCUGCUGCUGAGUUGCACUUGAGGCUUCAUGACUGGGGCAAAAAGGAGGACGCCAGCAGCCGUGGCAAUUCAUCUUAGCCUAUGAUCCAUCAAAAG